UAUGAAGACGACGUCGUUCGCGGGGAAUCUCCUCUCUGCCCUGAAGAACUCUCGCCGUUGGCGCCAAAUUCAACUGUCGAAGUUCCACGGCAGAGCACUCCACGCCCGGAAACUCCGGCAAAGCAACGAUCUUUGCGCUGCAUUCUCGACACACGCUCGCGCCCUCAAAUCCGGCAUCCCUGGCAACACCGCCGCCGCGAAUCGGCUCAUCAACCGCUAUGUCGAGCUGCGGGAAAUCGAGCACGCCCGCCGGGUGUUCGAGGAAUUGCCCGAACCGAACGUGGUGUCGUGGACUUCGCUCAUGGCCGGGUACAUUGCAGCCGGCAGACCCGCGAUGGCUCUUUGGUUAUAUGGGAGGAUGAGGGGGAGCGAGGUGUUGCCUAAUGAGUUCACUCUUACGACUGCGGCCAAGGCUUGCUCUGUUCUUGCCGACCUUAGGAUGGGUAAAAGAAUUCAUGCCCACGUCGAGGCGUUUGGUCUGCGGGGUAAUGUCGUGGUGUGCUCUUCGCUGGUGGACAUGUAUGGGAAGUGCAAUGAAGUUGAUGAGGCCAGGCGGGUUUUCGACUUGAUGGUCGAUAAGAAUAUCGUCUCCUGGACAUCGAUGAUCGCGGCGUAUGCACAGAGCGGAAAAGGCAGAGAGGCGCUUCGUCUAUUUUGGGAGUUCAAUCAUUUGAGAUUGGGUUUUCCGAAUCAUUUCAUGCUGGCUAGUGUUGUGAAUGCUUGUUCGAGCUCAGGCUCGCUUGUCUCGGGGAGGAUUGCUCAUGGAGCAGUGAUUCGCUACGGUCACGAGGCUAAUGAUGUAGUUGCAAGUGCAUUGGUGGACAUGUAUGCCAAGUGCGGGUAUUUCAGUUACUGCGAGAAAGUUUUCAGGAGGAUGGAGAAUCCGUCUGUCGUUCCCUACACCUCCAUGAUCGUGGGUGCCGCGAAGUAUGGACUCGGCAUGUUGUCCUUAGGACUGUUGGAAGAGAUGGUUGAUAGAGGCGUAAAACCCAACGACGUCACCUUUCUCGGGAUACUGCAUGCAUGUAGCCACUCGGGACUUGUUGACAAUGGCCUCGAGAUCUUGGAAUUCAUGCCUAAAAAACAUGGAAUAAUCCCAGACGCGAGGCAUUACACAUGUGUAGUUGAUAUGCUUGGUCGAAUAGGCCGACUUGACAAGGCUUAUGAGUUGGCGAAAUCUAUCCAGGUGAGGCCUGAAGAGGGAGCUCUCUUGUGGGGAUCUCUUCUAUCGGCAAGUAGGCUACACGGACGGGUCGAGAUUGCCACAGAAGCGAGUAACUGGUUAAUAAAGUCGAAUCAGCAACUUUCUGGUGCAUAUGUUAUGCUUUCUAAUGCUCAUGCAAUGGUUGGCGAUUGGAAGAAUGCUCAUGGUCUUAGAUUUCGCAUGAAGCAUGCAGGAGUUCAUAAGGCACGCGGUUGCAGUUGGAUCGAGAUUAAGAAUAUGACAUAUGUAUUCUCUGCUGGAGAUCUACGGUGUCCAAGGCGCAACGAAGUGGUGAGUUUGCUGAAGGAAUUGGAGGGAAAGAUGAAGGUGAAGGGAUAUAUGGGUGGGAUUGAGGGAUUAGUGUUUGUGGAAGUGGAAGAGGAGGGUCAAGAGGAAAUAGUGAGCUUGCACAGUGAAAGACUGGCUUUGGCUUUUGGCCUGAUAAGCACCCCAAAAUGGGUUACCAUGAGAAUAAUGAAGAACUUGAGAAUGUGCGGGGCUUGUCAUGAGGCCUUCAAGAUUAUUAGUGAGAUUGUGGAAAGAGAAUUUAUUGUUAGGGAUGUGAAUAGAUUUCAUCAUUUCAAAAAUGGAUCCUGUGCAUGCAGGGAUUUUUGGUGA